CCACCUUUGCCGGGAUGGCCGGCUGCGGGUCAGGAAGAGGUGCACUUUGCUCUAGGGCCACACGCGACCGAGGAGCGCAGCCAGUUCAAGGCUGGUGAGCAAGUGCUCAUUUCCCGAGGGGAUCCACUGAAGAAUCGCGUUUGCGAAGGAAGCGUCCGGGAAGUGGACUUCAUAGGUCGGGUGAUGAUCGUGUCCGUGAAUGGGAAGAUGCCGGAGGAUCCCUGGAUGGUUCGGAGAUACCGCAUCGACAAGUAUGCCAACCGAACCACCUACGAAAGACAAGUGAAUGCUCUCAUGCAGUUCAUCAUGAUGGAUCGGACGAAGGUUUGUGACAUGCUCGUGGCUGCUGGCGUGGGGAGGCUUGACGAGGCGGUGGUCGAAGAGGCUGCGAUCAUGAAGCGGAAAAUGGAAAGGAAAGGAAUGGGAAAAGGUUACAAGGGCAAGCGGCAGACGGAGCUGGCAAAGCAAGAUCAGGAGACGAAGGACAAGACUCGGUCAUCGGCCCUGUUGAACUGGGACGCAGAGGACUUCUUCGAUGACGAGCCUGACCAAGUGAUGGAGGUGCCUCAAGAGGAGGCCCUGGCGGAGCCAGCAGAAACUGAAGAGGAGAAGGAGCGCAGAGAGCGGACAGUCGCUCUGGCGCACGAGGAAGCCCCUGGAGUCGAUCCAGAUGCGCUGGAGCUGGCGAAGAGCCAGGCCAUGUCCUUGCCGAACACCUCUGCAGCACAGAAAGAGGCGAUCAUCAACUCCAUGUCGAAGCGCCUGACCAUCGUACAGGGACCCCCAGGCACCGGCAAGACGCACACUUCGGUUCGCAUCCUGACGACCUGGGUCAAAACCAUGGGCUACCGGCCCCUUCUCGCUACUUCUGAGUGCAACGUGGCGGUGGACAACAUCGCCGAAGGUCUUCUUGACAACGGCAUCAAGGUGGUUCGCAUCGGGCGACUGGAGAAGGUGAGUCCGAAACUGCAACAGGCGGGACUCACAAACCUCAUCCGGCAGAAACGCGAGGAAUCGAUGCUCGAAGAAGAGUUCUUGGACGAAGAUGAGGACCCCGGUGAGGAGCCCGACGAUCGCAACGGUGAAGAGUGGAAGGAGUGGCGGAGGUUGCGGGAUAAGCAGCUGCGGAAGAGAGCAGAAGAGCGGCAAAAGGAGAGGUUCGAGCGCGACAAGAUUCUGGAGCAAGCGGAA